AGAAAACACACAAUGCACGCACACAUAUCCUCUUAUCUAUUUCUCUUUUCCUAGUUUGUUCUUUGUCUUGUCUUUUGUAUGUUUCUUCUUCCAUUUUCACUUGUCUCCUUAGAGAAAACAAUAUCACUAUUCUUAUUCUUAUUGCUUUUCUGAUUUUGAUCCUAGUUUUGUCUGGAUUGUCAUUCAAUGACAUGAAUUUCCUACCCAUUGUAAUUUAAUUAAUCAACCAGUAAUCACAUUUUUGUUUCUACUGUGAACAAAUCAAGAAAACAGGGCAAAAACAUUGAUAAUUAUGCAUUCACAUUCACCGUCACUAUAUAGGUAGAUUAAUCAUUAUUUAAGGCAAUUUCAUUAUAAUAGAACAGUAUAAGAUAAAAUACGCCUUCUUUGGCCGGCUUUGUCACUUCUUAUAAGGUUUAAUUAACAACAUCACAACCAUUUCUUUCUUUCUAUCUAGCAUUGCAGUGAUUUAUGGAAAAUGAUGAGGGUGAUCCUACUUCUGAUCACAAGGUUAUUUUCCAAUUUAUUGUUGUAGUUUCAGCUGCAUUUGUUGUUACUUCAGUGUACCGACUCAUAGCCAUUUGUUUGUGUGGUCGAGGACCAACCACAACAAAUCAAAACCGACUACAACCACCAAAUCACGCUGCGAUACCGAGCCUCGUUGAAAGGACAUCCUCAUCAGUAGCUGUAGCACACCGAAUUCCAACACACAAGUACCACAAAAGAAAUAAAGGUGAUGUUUCGGAUGAUGAAGGAGGCACCUGUGCCGUGUGUUUGGGAGAUUUUGAGGAGGGUGAGGAGUUGAAGACUAUGCCGGAGUGCUUGCACUCUUUUCAUGUACAUUGCAUUGACUUGUGGCUCCAUUCGCAUUUGAGUUGCCCUAUUUGUCGCACUGGUGCUGGUGCUGGUGCUGCCCCUUUGCCGGCUGUGAGAGCAAAUCAUCACAGCAUAGAUAUGAAUAUGACUCCUCUUGGUGGUACUGCCAUGCAAAGUGGAUUCCUGAGAUGGUGAGAUUUUGGUUAUGGUGAUUUUCAGGAGUCAUACCGGCAAAGUACAUACACAACUAAUUCAGCAAUGUCAAAACAUGCAUGGGUAUUGCAUUUCAGUUUUAUAUCCUAGGUAUAAACUUUUCAGCAAUCAUAAUAUCACUAGUAAGUUAUUUUAAUGUAAUUUUGCCAACCUUUUGAAAAUUUCUAUAUUUAAAU